CACUGACUGGCCGCGACAAGCAAUUCCAAUAGCGCUGCCCUUACUCAUUUCUUGCCACCAUCACAACAACUUCUUCAGCAUCAACAACUCUUCCCACCGCCUUUUCAUCCUCCAUAUACAUCUUCCAAGCACGCCGCUGGACUUUUCUCCUGUUGGCUCUUUCGUUCGUUCUGUCUUGUUUGCUUCCAGGUCUCUCGUUUGCUUGUUCUACCACUAGCUGUCCAUCCAUGGCGACCCUUCCCGCAGACCCACCCACGCCGCGUCUUUCAGUCUUUCGCGAGGUUGGACUGGACGACGAAGACGACACGACCCUCUUCACAUCUCUGCCACUACAGCGACCGCAGCUUAGAGUUCGCUUUCGAAGUCACAACUCCAUAAUAAAUCCCAAUGGUGAGGACAACGCAGACGACUCCGACGAUUGGGAGAGUAUUGACCAUGUUGAAGGGGAUGACUUUGACUGUCAGUCCGACGAAGAUGUGGACGUAAUCACAGUACAGUCAAGAGCGUCGCUACCGUAUCGCUUGACACUCCUUGCCUUAUUCGUCGCUAUUGCCUUACCCAUCGUCCAGAGUGCACCAUAUCUGGUCUCUGCAAGAGAUUCACUGUGGAGGCCUUGGACAACGGUAAACCCCAGCAAUAAUUUGCAGAGAAGAGAAGAUAGCCCGACGAAUAUUUGUAAGAGAUGGAGCCAUCAGAGUGCCGUGGUGAAUGGCACCUUGUACAUGUAUGGUGGGCGGGCAAUGAGUGACAAGUCACAGACAUCUGACCAGUGGAAUAACUACUUCCUCUCUCUCGAUCUGACAAAGACUUGGCAAAUCAGUGAUCCUGCCCUCACUGGCUAUCCUCAACCUUCCGGUCCUCCUCCUGUCUCGAAUGGCUUCCUAUGGAACUCUCACGAUUCACUCUACCUAUAUGGCGGAGAGUUUUCUGAUACGCCCAUAACAUCGCCCGUUCCAUUCUCCACGUGGGAGUACGAUAUCAAGGCUGGAAACUGGGUGGAGCAUGAGGAUCCAAAAACAUCCGCUGGAAAAAAUGCCGAACCCGAAGGCCAAUCAGUACAGCGUGCCGCCGAAGGAGCAGGAGCCGGCGUAGCGGCAUUGGGUAGGGGAUGGUACUUUGGAGGUCAUCUGGACUUCCUGACGACAUACGAAUGGAGCAACCAGGUUGCCAGGGUCUACAUCAAAUCUUUGGUCGAAUUCACGUUCCCAGGAUACUCCAACAGUGCCGUUGACACUAUUUCUAGUAGCCCGGCUGGAGACGAUGGUGUCUGGCGUAACAUCACACAGGGCGGCGUACAAGAGACCGGCGGGUUUCCCGAACGAGCGGAUGGUCUUCUUGUCUACGUGCCUGGCUUUGGAGCUGAAGGUAUACUUUUGGGUCUUGCAGGGGGGGACAACCAGAGCUUCACUCAAAUGAAUGUUAUCGAUGUGUACGAUAUAGCCAAUUCGACCUGGUACAAGCAGUCAACCGCUGGAACGACACCUGGAAUACGGGUCAACCCUUGUGCUGUCGUUGCAGCUGCUCCUGACGGAUCAUCAUACAACAUGUACAUGUACGGUGGUCAGGACUUGAAAGCUAACAAUAGUCAACAAAACCAGUACGAUGACAUGUGGAUCCUGUCUAUGCCUUCCUUCACCUGGUUUGAAGUCAAGACGGACUCCCAAGUUCCCCCGGGCCGCUCAGGACACACCUGCAACGUCUGGGACGGUCAACUUGUUCUCGUUGGCGGCUACGUCGGCCAAGAUCUUCUUUGCGAUUACCCCGGAAUAUAUGUUUUUAAUCUCACCAGCUUAAACUGGAAUAAUCAGUUCACAGCCCUUACCGGCUCUGACAACAUCAACAACAAAGACGCUGCCGACUUCAACCCCUUUUCCCAACAGUCGAACCAACUCUCCCACAAAUCCGACUCCGGCACUGGCGGUCUCGAAGGCUCAUACGGCUACCAAGUCCCCGCGCAAGUGUAUUCUGCAAUCGGCGGUAAUGAGCUUGGCGGUGCCACUAUCACCAAGCCCGUCGCGACCGCAACAGCAGGCCCUUUUGCCACUGGCUCGCCCAUCACGUACACUGUCACAAACCCCGAUGGUUCCAUCGUAACGUCUAUCACCGGGGGCGGCAAGUCCAAUAAUGGUGGCGGCACGAAUGUCGCCGCAAUCGUCGCCGGGUACUUUGCCUUCUGUGCCUGGAUUUAUCGGAAACAGCUUCAGCUAUACAAGACUCACGCCGCAAUGAUGCAAGCACGCAACGCUAACGAGAAAGACGCCUUUCUACCGUCAGGCACCUCCAUGAUCGGAGGAGGAGCGGCGCUCGGCACGGCGCUAAGCAAGAGUAGCUCUGAGCGGGCGCAAGGACUGAGACCGGACAGUAUUGCGAAUACGGUGGGGAGCCACUCGCGUACUGCGAGUAGUGGAAAUGGAAUAGGUGCAGGGACGGCGUAUGCGGGCGCAGGUGCGGGAAUGGGGAGAGGCAGUAUGGAUUCGAUGGAGGAUCUGCUUGCGGACCAGGAGCCGAGCUUCUGGGGAACGAAGGGGGUGUUGUUGAAUCCGAGAAGGAGUCUGAGGGUCAUUAAUCGGGAUUAAUGAUGGAAGAGAGAGAGAGAGAGUAAUAAGGAAGAGCGGGUAUGUGAAUUGUCGUCUGUCGUCUGUCGUCUGACGUUGUAGUUGUGUGCGAAUACCCUGAAGAUUUGUUUCGGAGGACAUGUAUAGAGUAUAUUUCAAGACCUGGAUUCGAGGGUCGACAGGCAUGCGCGGGAAACAAGAUAUGAGUACAGGACAUAAUGAUAAUGAAUAAGAAGAAUUAAUACGAUCAUCCCAUAUAUAUAUC